AUGGUCUAUUGCGCAGAGCCUGCUCGGAGUGUCGAGUCAAGAGGAGAAAGGGCCGGUUCCAAAUGUGAUGGGUAUCGAGGGGAGGAGUAUGUUAUUUUUCGAGAUCAAACUGCCGAAACUUUGGGCAAGGUGUCAGUCUUUUCAACCGCAAAAUUACCUAAUGGCAACCAGGAUGUUUUGGUAAGACCUAAGCUAUCCCAACAGGCCAAAGUCCACCAUUCGCAAGAUACCUCCAGCCAUUAUCCUUGGUUCAGACUUGAGGUUACGCCAGAAGACCAAGUCUUACCUUUCUUUUUUCACCACUAUGUUUUGCCUGAGUCUGGACGGUCCCCUACUCAUCCCGACUGUCACGGCAUCAUCUACAAACGAGCAACAGAACCUGGAUACUUGGCUAAUCUCAUCAACGCUGUCGGACUGGCCGGUCUAGCGUAUUUAAGGAACGCGCCCACGCUCAUCAAUUUAGCCAGACAAUCGUUUUCUCACGCACUUCGCGAUAUAUGCGCUGCACUCAUGGACCCCAGUGAAGCAUCGUCCGACCAAAUGUUAGUCGCUGUAAUGCUUCUGGCGUUAUACGAAGUAAGCCUUCUAUCCCUUCCAGGACAACUCAGGCCAAUUAAUAACUUGAAACAGACUGUCGCCUUCAAUUCUGAUGGAGGUUUGAGUCCGUGGAGUAGACAUGUUGAUGGUGCCAUGGCAUUGCUACAGCUCCGAGGAGCAGGCCAGCUGCGCAACAGGAUCGGCCGGAGCAUUUUUCACAACUUGCGCUCUGAAAUCCUUAUCAACUGCCUUCAGCGAAGGCUGCCGGUACCAAAAGUCCUCAUAGACUUUAUGGCCGAGGCUCGCAGUAAUGAGACAGAACAAGAAGCGCCCGCGGCUCGUCUAGCAGGAAUUGUUGUCAGCGUAUGCAACUCUUCAUCCGCAGCCGAGGAAGACAUCACAGACGAAGGGACUUUGUCUUCCCACGUUUCAAGACUAUUGUCGAUCGAUGCAGAUCUCAAGGACUGGGCCCAAACACUCCCAAUCGAAUAUGGGUACAAGACCCGAACCAAACCAAGCGAUCUCGAUGAAGUGGAAGUGUUCAUAGGACGAUAUGACAUAUAUUCCAGCGUGGAGAUUGCCAACAUGUGGAACUUGCAGCGCUGUGCGCGUAUCAUUGUACGUCAAGCACUUGUUGAAACCUUAUCGAAAUACUUCCCCAUCCCGUUUUCGCUAUCUUUCUCUGCAUCAUACAGAGACCUACUCCAGACUUCAACUAUAGUCAUAAAAGAGACCUCUAGUGAUAUAUGCUGCAGCAUUUCAUAUAUCUUGCAUGAAUUUGACGAGGCAGGUAAAUCGAGCGACCUACGGGCGGCUCAUGCUGUGCAUCUAUUAUGGCCACUCCAUAUCGCAGGAACAACACAUAAUGCCACUGAAGCUUUACGGGAUCGGAUCAUAUCAACGAUGGAAGACAUCAAGGAUGCUGCUGGUAUUCAAGAGGCAAAGCGUAUAGCCUUGGAUCUACAGCAACGUGGCUCAGAGUUAAGAUGCCAACAUAACACCACGAACCAGACGGAUCAUGAUAUCUGGAAUCAAUCAUAG